AUGGAUACUACAAAACACAAACGUGAAUCAUCUUCUCAACUUGUACUUGAUCUAAGUCUCUCUAGCAAAGAUUCAUGUGAUGAUGAAUCAAAGCUGGAACUAAACCUCCUCAACUGUUUCCAUACAAAUUUAUCAGAAAGCUCAUCGGAAUCUAGUCAUGAAAACGAACUUGAUCCAAGAGUUUUCUCAUGCAACUACUGCCAAAGAAAAUUUUACAGCUCGCAAGCACUAGGAGGACACCAGAAUGCACAUAAGCGCGAAAGAACUUUGGCGAGAAGAGGCUAUACAACUAGCAUGACUUCUUCUCUUCCUUCUUAUGGCCUGUGCAACAAAUCACUUGGCAUUCAAGUGCAUUCUAUGAUUAACAAACCUUCUUAUCAAACACAAACACCCUUUUUUGGAUUUUGUUCAAAUGGACAAAAUGGUUGGAAAAGACAGAUUUUUGAUUCACAGCCGGCAAUUGGAAAGCCUCCAUCUGGAAACUUUCAUGUGAGGAAUGAAACUGAACCAUCUUUUGGCAGUGGCAUUCAAAGGGUAGCUAUGUUUCCUAAAAGUCUUGUGAAUGAAGGAUUUGGACAUGGAGGUUACGUAUUGGAUAACAGCAUUUCACAUUUGAAGUCUAAACAAGAGAAGUUGCAGAAGCUUGACUUGUCUCUUAAGCUCUAA